CCGGGCGCCGGUGACUCCGCCUCUCCGUGCCGGGCGGCUCUCCGGCUGGAGCUGGAAAGGGAGCGCUUCCCGGGACUCGGCUCUGUUCUGAGGCUCCGUAGCCGACGCCGCCAGCUCAGGCCCGGGGGUGGGAGCGGACUGCCCGCGCAACCUGCGCCUGGGAGCCGCCGAGAGGCGAACGCCUCAUGGGACGCCCCCGGGGGCUUUCUUCGUGCCCUGCGGCGGCGUCCCAGUCUUAGGAUCCCGGGCUCCUCAGCCCGCCCCCCCCGCAGCCCGCGGCCUGUCUGGAGAGGAGUAUGAGGCCCGGGGCCCCGCGGACGCCGGCCACAGGGCGGCAGGGGCCUAGCUUCAGACCCCUGCGCCCGAGGGUGGCGGGCGAGGAGCCGUGGGAGCCGGCGAGGCGUCGGGGCGCGGAGAGGAGCGUCCCAGCCCGGGCACCCGAAGGGCCGCGGGACCAGUGUGCGGCCUGAGCGCCGAGGAGGCGGAGGCGAGGCGCCCCGCCGUCCGGGCUCUGGGGGAGGCGGCAAGGGGCUCCGCGGCGGCCCCCGAUCCCUGGCCACCAUCCUCACGCUUCUGCUCCCGCGGGGGGGAUGUCGCGGCCCGGGCCCCGAGCGCCGCCCCGGCCCUGGGGCUGAGCUCCGGACCAUGUCCUCCCGCAGCCCCCGGCCCCCGCCCCGCCGCUGCCGCCGCCGCCUGCCGCGCCCCUCCUGCUGCUGCUGCUGCUGCCGCCGCUCGCACCUCAACGAGGACACGGGUCGCUUCGUGCUACUGGCGGCGCUCAUCGGCCUCUACCUGGUGGCGGGCGCCACAGUCUUCUCCGCGCUCGAGAGCCCGGGCGAGGCGGAGGCGCGGGCGCGCUGGGGCGCCACGCUGCGCAACUUCAGCGCAGCGCACGGCGUGGCCGAGCCGGAGCUGCGCGCCUUCCUCCGGCACUACGAGGCCGCGCUGGCCGCCGGCGUCCGAGCCGACGCGCUGCGCCCGCGCUGGGACUUCCCCGGCGCCUUCUACUUCGUGGGCACCGUGGUAUCGACCAUAGGUUUCGGCAUGACCACCCCCGCGACGGUGGGCGGGAAGGCCUUCCUCAUCGCCUACGGGCUGUUCGGCUGCGCCGGGACCAUCCUGUUCUUCAACCUCUUCCUGGAGCGCAUCAUCUCGCUACUGGCCUUCAUUAUGCGCGCCUGCCGUGAGCGCCAGCUGCGUCGCAGCGGCCUGCUGCCCGCCACCUUCCGCCGCGGCUCGGCGCUCUCCGAGGCCGACUGUCUGGCCGGCUGGAAGCCGUCGGUGUACCACGUGCUGCUGAUCCUGGGCCUGUUCGCCGUGCUGCUGUCGUGCUGCGCCUCGGCCAUGUACACCAGCGUGGAGGGCUGGGACUACGUGGACUCGCUCUACUUCUGCUUCGUCACCUUCAGCACCAUCGGCUUCGGGGACCUGGUGAGCAGCCAGCACGCCGCCUACCGGAACCAGGGGCUCUACCGCCUGGGCAACUUCCUCUUCAUCCUGCUCGGCGUGUGCUGCAUCUACUCGCUCUUCAACGUCAUCUCCAUCCUCAUCAAGCAGGUGCUCAACUGGAUGCUGCGCAAGCUGGGCUGCCGCUGCUGCGCGCGCUGCUGCCCGGCGCCCGGCGCGCCCCUUUCCCGGCGCAACGCCAUCACGCCGGGCUCCCGGCUGCGCCGCCGCCUGGCCGCGCUCGGCGCCGACCCCGCGGCCCGCGACAGCGACGCCGAGGGCCGCCGCCUGUCGGGCGAGCUCAUCUCCAUGCGCGACCUCACCGCCUCCAACAAGGUGUCGCUGGCGCUGCUGCAGAAGCAGCUGUCCGAGACGGCCAACGGCUACCCGCGCAGCGUGUGCGUCAACACGCGCCAGAACGGCUUCUCGGGCGGCGUGGGCGCGCUGGGCAUCAUGAACAACCGGCUGGCGGAGACCAGCGCCUCCAGGUAGACCGCCGGGCCGCGCCACGGACCCUCGGCAGGCUGGCGUGCCGCCGGCCGUGGUUUGCUUUCCUUCUCUCAGACGCUGGCGCUUUCUUAAUCUUUACCCAAUAAAAUCAAACCAAAAAAAAAUUUUUUUAAAGAAAUACUAUUUGGCCAGGCCUGAUGUUAUCCAGGGCAGGUUUCGGGGGAGCCUGUUUUCCUCGUGGGUCCCCUCUUGAAGAACCGUGGGCCCCAGCAGAUUCUCCUCCAGUGAGAGAGAGAAUGGCACCCCAGACCCUCGGCCGGUGCAAUCCGCAGCGAGGAGAGGGCCAUCCCUGGGUUUCGCGGACUGGCACUAAACCCCGUCCCCAUGCACAUAAGCAGCCGGCAACCCCAAAGCAUAUGGUGCAACUUCUCAUGGCUCUGAAUUACCUCCGCAGCAUUUAGAAUCCUGGCCCAGCCUAGCAGCUUCCUUCUGGUCGUCAGAAGUGAUGUAGUCACAGUUUUGACAGGUGGGGGUGGGGAGAACCAUAUGUUGCCUACCGACGUAUAUAAAUAGAACAGCCGCUACACACGGAGAAUGGUGUAGUAUUAUGCAAUGAGAUGAAACAUAGCACCGACUUGCGGACUGUGGCACUUCCCGAGAUUUGGAUAUUGGGAUGGUAAGGGGCUCAGCUGGCCUUUCUCAGCCUGGAGUCGGUGCAUUGCGCACAGCACACAGGGCAGCUACUUCUAAGGCCAGAAACCCAGGGUGGCCGGCAGGGAGGGGAGCACUCAGGCUGCAGGAGCCCUGCUUUGCUUCAGCCGGCUGAUCUCUGCGGCUGGGGGCACAUCUCAGAAUCCCCCAACCCUUCUUUCUUUCACCAGCGUUGUCCUUGGGAAUGCUCUCCAUUACUAAUCAGGAACGUCUGAGUCUUCUCAGACAGGAUCUUGCUUUGUUGGUGUGGAUUUGGUUUCUUGACUCCCGUUGAGCAGCUCGUUUUUCCCCCUGAGGGUGCAGAGAGCAGCCUCCACAACCUGGUUCUCCUCCUCUGAGUCAGGCUCCGCAGCACCAGGAGCCCAAAGCAGCCAUCCUGCAAAUGUCAGAGAAUUUGGCUCCAGAGCCCAUAAUGUUUUGGGGACAGAUCCCAUUCUAAACCCUGUUUGGCCCCCACUGACAGUCAUGUGAAUUUGUUUUCUCCACGCACAGUCUGUAUUGGAAGUGGAAGAAGGCGGGGGGUGGGGGCAGCUGAUGGAACGGGUGGAUGGAAGCAGUUUUAGAAUUAGUUUUACACAGAUAUCCUCAAGCUGAGGGACCGGUUCUCUGCCCUCUGCUGCAGAGGGGUCCCUGACCUGGAGGAAGGCCAGCUGCUGCCUUCAUUGAAAGGAUGGGGUUCUUGGACUGUGAAGGAACAAUGCUCUUUAGGCCCAUUUUUCUCCUCUAAAAAGAUGAUCCCCAGGACAAAUGCCAGAGUCUAGUCAGACACGGUAUGACCCACCAAUGUCUACAGCUUCUGACAGGAAGUCUUAGAAAAGCUCCAG